GAUUUCCCACCGAUUGCUCGCUUACAAUGGGUGUUGGACGCCGGUUCAAGAAGCAGGGUCCGCCCGCCACCCUCGAAGAACUGGGAAUCAAUCUGAAAAGAAAACCUAACAGCGAACCCUCCCGUGAACCUGCGAAGAAGAGACGGAAAUCUGACGAGCACGAUUCAAAGAAAUUGGUCAAUCUCGACCGAGCGCUCAGGACCGACAAUGUGACAGACCCGAAGUCAACAAGCAGCAAGACAGGCGAGAACAAGAAGAGUAAGAAGAAGAAGCAAAAGCUGGUCAAUCCCGACGCGCAGAUAACAGUCCCUCCGAAGUUCCCCUCAAUGCCCGAGUCAAAUAAGCAAGAAGAAGAAGAAGAAGAAGAAGAAGAAGAUAAGGAGGAGGCAAGUGAAGCGGAAGGUAUUCCACUGGAUGAGGCUUCUUUGUCAGGCAUGGAAGAAGACGAAAUGGUGGAAGAAGACGAAAUGGUGGAAGCAGAACUUGAAGAUGCAGUGUCUGAGGAUUCUGUAUUCGACUCCGAUCCAGAUGAGCAGCCGAGGCGCAUGUUCUCUGACGAUGAAGACGAGUCCGACGCCGAAGCCCAGCUGACCGCCGCGAACAUCGAGGGCCUCUCAAGAAAAUUAGACCAAGAGCAGGCUCAGGUCGAAGCCGAAGCACAGCAAGAAUUGGAAGAUGCCGCUUUGCAAACAAACAUUGCUAAAGAUGAAGGCGUCUUGGACGCUGUGGCGGCGCAGGGCCUGGCACCGGAUCUGGCGGUUCUGCGAACUCGAAUGACUGAGACUAUUCGCAUUUUGGGCAACUUCUCCAAGCUUGCGGACAAGUCAAGGUCGCGGACCGAUUACACCGAGCAAUUGCUCUCCGACGUUUGCACCUAUUACGGCUACACCCGAUAUCUAGCUGAGAAACUGUUCUCGCUUUUCACACCUGCGGAGGCAUUCGCCUUCUUCGAGGCCAACGAGACACCGCGUCCAGUCGUGCUGAGGACAAACACUUUGCGCACCAAUCGUCGUACCCUUGCCCAGGCAUUGAUAAACCGAGGCGUGGUGUUGGAACCUGUUGGCAAAUGGUCAAAAGUAGGACUGCAGAUCUUCGAGUCGCCGGUCCCAUUGGGUGCCACGCCAGAAUAUCUUGCAGGUCACUACAUAUUGCAGGCCGCUUCUUCAUUCCUCCCGGUAAUGGCGCUUGCGCCUCAAGCAGACGAGCGUGUCCUCGACAUGGCCGCUGCGCCUGGUGGAAAAACCACCUACAUUUCCGCCUUGAUGCGCAACACCGGGGCGGUCUUCGCGAACGACGCCAACCGCCAGCGUGCGAAGGGUCUGAUUGGCAAUAUUCACCGCCUCGGAUGCAAGAACGUGGUUGUCUGCAACUAUGACGCUCAGAAAGCCUUUCCGAAAGUGCUUGGUGGGUUUGACCGAGUCUUGCUUGACGCUCCAUGCUCUGGCACAGGUGUCAUUGGCAAAGAUCCGAGUGUCAAGACCUCCAAGGAUGAGCGUGACUUCUUGGCCUUGCCGCACAUGCAAAAGCAGCUGCUCCUGGCUGCCGUUGACUCGGUUGAUCACAAAAGCAAGACCGGCGGCUACGUUGUCUACUCGACGUGCUCGGUGACCGUCGAAGAGAACGAGGGCGUGGUUCAGUAUGUCCUUCGUAAGCGACCAAAUGUCAAGAUCGUCGACACUGGGCUUGGGAACUUCGGAUCCGAAGGUUUCAAGAGCUACAUGAACAAGAAGUUCGACGACAAGAUGACAUUGACGAGACGAUACUUCCCGCACCGCGAAAACGUCGAUGGCUUCUUUGUCUGCAAAUUGAAGAAGACUGGCGCGACGCCCAACAACGCAGGGCAGAUGAACGGACUGAAAGUAUCUGAACGGAAAACGCCGGUCGUCAAUGGCAGGAAAGCCAUGGCAAACGGUGAUGGGGAUGAAGACGAGGCAGAUGUGGCUCCAGACAAUGACUUCGGCGGCUUUGAUGACGAGGAAGAUCAAAAGUACAUUGCACAGGCUGAGAAGAAGUGGCUCAAAGCUCGUGGUCUCGACCCUAAGGUGGCGGAUCGAAAGAAUACUGAUAAGACAACGGAAGCGAACGGGAUCAAGCAAGCAGCGAAGGCGAAGCCCGAGAAAAAGCGUAGUCGGUAGAAGAGGAUGGCUCGGAAGAUAGAAGGCGCUCAAGACCCAGCGCCGUAGAAUGGCUCAUUAUCAUUGCACUGCAG